GGAGAAACCUUUAAGCAUCUGGAGAAAGAAAGUGAACUACUCUUGAAUGCCUAUAAAUCAAUGUCAGAUGAAUUGCACAGACUUCAGGUUGUCUUCUCUUGCUCUGAACACCACCAUAUCCCUUUCUUGCCAAAUGAAAUACACAGUUGCUGCCAAGGUUGAGGAAGAAAUGCUGAUGCGCAAGUUCUAUGAACUUAUGACUGCUCAUGGUCUAAAUAAAAAGAAAGGUUUCAAUGAUAAUGCUGAUGAAAGGCAGAAUGGCCUGCAAGGAGCAGCGGCUGACGUGACUAAUGGUGCUGAUGAAAGGCAGAAUGAACAGGAAGGAGCUAUCAUCUAUAUGACGAAUGGUGAUCACUAAUGUAUAAAGCAACAGGAUUCGUUAACGAUCCAAGGAGGAAGAACAAGCAAAGAUGAGUUCCAUGAAGUUUGAAAUUGAUAGAUUCAGUGGACGCAACAACUUCAAUAUCUGGAAGAUCCAGAUGAUGGCGUUACUGCGUAAGGAAGGUUCAAUCCAUGCUAUUGACAGAAAGUAUCAUAAGGAUAUAUCAGCUCCCGACAAGGAGAAGAUUGAAGGGGAUGCAUUGAGUGCAAUCCAACUAUCCCUUGCACCUAACGUGCUUUGUGAAGUGAGUACGGGUACCGAAAAGACGGCCAAACAGUUAUGGGAAAAGCUAGAAGGGCUAUACCAAGAUCGAUCAGUGACAACAAGGAUGUUGUUACAACGAUGUCUUCACACAUUUAAGAUGGGGUCAGGUACUUUGUUACAAAAUCAUUUAGAUGCGUUCAAUAAACUUAUCAUGAACUUGCAGAUUGCAGGAAUUAAAAAGGAGGAGGAGACGCUUGCAUGUGCUUUGCUAUUUUCAUUGACUUUAGGAUAUCGUGAUAUUGAGAAUUCAAUGAUGUAUAGCAAGGAGCCUAUCAAGCUUGAGCAAGUGCGGCAGACACUUAACUCUAGUGAUGUGCGGAGGCACAUUGAAGGAGAUAGAGAUGACCAGGCAAGUGGGCUCUUUGUGAGAGGCCGGACUAGCCAACAGGGAAAGAGCAAAUCAAAGCACAGAUCAAAGUCUCGUGUGAACAAGAA